UUCAGACGCGAUUGAGAGAGCGCCGCUGCUGCUUCGAUGUACAAAUAAAAAUUUAAAUUAUUGCUAAAUGCAACGCGCUUAACGGAAAUAAAACGGAUUUUAAUGAUUUAAACUAAAAGUGUUUUUAACCGAUUUCGAAAAAUCGGGCGCCAACCGAAUUGUUUUAAAAAGUGUGCAAGUGCAACGAGUAGAGAAAUUGCAUUAAAGGCUGCAAGGGGCAAACGCAGCUUCUCAGUUUCAUACGGCAGGAAGUCAACGGUGGUGAAAAAGCCGUCAAAGUAAACGCAAACUGUGCGAAAAAAUUAAAUUAAAGCCAUAAAAUGGGUCUCAACGGGUGCUGUUCGUGUGUCAAAUAUUUGAUGGUCCUUAUAAACAUCUUAUUUUGGCUCAUCGGCCUGACCAUUGUGAUCACCUCGCUGUGGAUGCUAACGGAUCCCACGUUUAUGCUGUCGAUGACACAAUCGUAUAAUCAUUAUCAUAUAGCGCUCUAUGUCUUCCUGGCCAUUGGCAUACUGAUCACCCUGGGCGCAUUCUUUGGCUGCUUGGGCGUAUGUCGCGAGUCCCAGUGUCUGCUUGUCUCGUUCUUCUGUGUCAUACUCAUCGUGAUGGUGGCGCAAAUUGCAGCCGGUGCUUGGGCCUUCCACAACAAAGACAAACUGGAUGACAUUGUGCGUGCGGCGGUUAAAUCAUCUGUGCAGGAGGAGUACGGACAGUCGAGCAUGAGUUCGCGCACCGUGACCUUUGAUACGCUGCAAAAGAAUUUGAAGUGCUGCGGCGCAGAUGGACCCGGCGAUUGGGCCACGAGUCGUUUUAAUAAUGUGGAUCGCACCAAUAUAGUUGAUAUUGCCGUCUCUUCCAUGAAUGUGCUUUACAAUAUACCUGAAUCGUGUUGCAAAGAGGAUAUCAAGGAUAACGAGUGUGAAAAGUGGCGUAUCUUAAAAUUCGGAGGUCCCUUGAAUACGUACAUUUAUCAGCAGGGCUGCGUUGAUAAGCUGAUUGAGAUCAUUUACGAGAAUUGGGUUACCAUAUUUGCCAUUACCGCCGCUGUGAUACUGUUGGAGCUGCUGUCGCUGACCUUUGCCCUGAGCCUGUGCUGUGCGGUGAGGAAUCAGCACUACAAGGCCUGAGAAUUACAGAAUUCCCAUAGGGAAAUAACGGACGAUGAGAAGUACUAACAAACCAAAUGUAAACUAAAGCAUAAGCGUUACUAAAAACAACAACAAUUGGUGCGAAUGAAAUGCAUUUAGCACUGACAACAAUAGCAACAACAACGGCAACAACAGCUGUAGCGGGCUACAUUUGAAGGCUGUCAGUCCUUGCGAAUACUUUAAAACACUUUUGUAGUACUUUAACAAACAACUGAGCAAUUGUGGAAGAUUUGAAAUCGACAAAGAGUUAAAGAAAUUGAAAUGGCGCAUGAGGUUGCAGUGACCUUAAAAGCCAUUUAAUAAAUAUACGCAAUUAAUGAAAGAAAUAAGAAAUUGAAUGAACUUUAUAUGAACUUGAUACGCAGCAACUUUUCUAAAAUAUUUCUACAUAAACAAACAGAAAACAAAUCACAUUUUAUAUUAGCAACAAACAUAACUCUAUACACAGCAGUAAACACCUAAAUAUUAGAAAAGUCCGACCGCGUAAGGCAAAAAGUUUCAAAUUAAAAAAAAAAAUAAAAACGUUUUAUGAAUACAUAAAUAUAGUAAGACACUCGUACUAUAUAGAAAUCAUACAUUAGCAAUUUAAGCACAACAGUAAAACUUAUUUGCCAAAAACACGGAAUUAUAAAUGCAAUCAUAGCUCUUUUUUUUUCAACCUUAAUGUUCGUAAAACACUCUUGACUCGUACGCAUUAUUUGGUAAGAAUCAAUCUAAUGAGCAUUCCACAAGUGACAAAUGAUUAAAUGCCCACACAGUUUAGUUCUGAUUCGGCGUUGCCAUCCAAAGAUCCAAGCCCAAAAACUCUUAUCAUUUCUCUUGUGUGAAAUCAUGUGCUAAAGGAAUAAGUAAUUAUUAAAUGAAAUUCGUUGAGCUUCGCGAAAUUAAAUGCCAAAUAUUUUAUCUAUUUACAAAAUUUGUUUUUAACUCGAAUGUUAACUGACAGCGCACUGUUAACUAAUUAACAUUUGUAGCCGAUGUUGGCGCGCUGUAGUUCAAGCACUGUUGAAUAUGCUGUUAAUUAGCAGCUCUCUGUACAAUACCCUGCCAUUUAUUAAAUACGCUCGAAACAACAUUUACUCACACACACAUACAUUUACGCGCACACGAAUACACAUACUAAUAAGUUUUCGAAUCAAAAUAUUAUUUAUUAUUAAUUAAUCAAAGUACAAUUAAUAUGUAACUUAAACAAACAUUAAUGAAAGUACAUCAUGAAUUUAUUUUUACUAGCUGUACGAAACGUAUUUUUUAUAUUUUGUAUACUUAUUACACUCGAAACCCCAUAUAAACUCAUACAAAUAUACAUGCAUCUACACACACAGCCACAUAUAUAUAUUCUUACAUAUACAUACAUAUAUAUAUAUUCAUAUAUAUAUAUAUAUAUAUAUAUAUAUAUAUUUUAACCAUGUAUUUUUAUUUCUCAUACAUGCGAAACUAAACGAAUUUUGUAUUUUUAUUGUUGUUAUAUGAAUUUUGUUGUUAGUUAAACGUAGCUGAGCGUCAUACUUUGUACCCUUCACAACGUUUAAAUAAAUCAAAUCUACAACCAAUCCAAUGACAAAAUUAAAUUAAAUUUACAUUACUUUACAAAUAAACCUAAAUAAAUAAAUAUAUAUUUAAAUUUACACAUACAAAAAAAAAGUAAACAUUUAUUUACAUUUUAUAGUAGUUAAGCCAAUUUUUGAUUUAGUGAACUAAAAAUGUUCGUGCAAAUGGAGUUAAAUUUGAAAAAAUGUAGCCUAAGUGAACAAUUUCACACACAACACAACAUACAUAUAUGUAUAACAAAUCCAAGUAACAAAAUUAAUGCGUUCAAAUUGUAGCAAAACAUUUUUAUAAACAAAUAUAUAUAGAAAUUUAAUGAACCACUCAAGUAAAACGAUUUAACACAUAACAUAAAUGUCAUAAAAACCUCAAGCUCAUAAACCAUUAAGAAUCAAAAUCAAUACAUCAAAAUACAUAAAUCAUAUUGCAUUAAUCAAAUUCGAAUGCUGGCAAUGUAAAGCCCAUUUGGAAUGUCUUCAGUCACAACCAAAUAUUGUUGCUUUAUAUCUGAGCACAAAAUAGCAAUGGAAGCAAUAUUUAGAAGUCCAUAGAAAUAUGGAUGCUCAAAAAUCGCAAUAAAUUAUUAAGUAUAGAUAUUCACAGCCAGAUGCAUAAUUGCAGAAUUCAAAACAUGAAUAUAAUACAUUCAAAAGAAUGUAUUUAAGCAGUGACAUAUUAUUGAUAUUUCAAAACUAAAUAAACAUCUAUUUAACAAAUA